UGUUUUCUUGUCUCAUGCAUUUAAUAUUUUAUUCACAGACAAACAGAGAAUAUUUACAAGAUGCUGAAUGACGUUUCAAAGUAACACCUUCAUAUUUAACAGCUACAUGAAUUCCUGAUGACAUGUGAAGACAGAGUAUAUGUCUUUCUACAGUAGAUGUCAGUGAUGCUGAACUUCACCUCCUCCGCCUCUGACGUGGACCUGCUGAUGAUGACCAGUAACAGCAGCAUUGUAGCGGCAGGGGGCGCUGUGUCCGUGUCCAAAGACAGCUUCUCCAGCGCGCUGACCAAGAACAUCAUGGCCAUGUUGGUGUGGCUGACCCUCAGUGUUAUCAACGGCAGCAUGGUGCGCACCUUCCUGAGGCACAGCCUCUUCUAUGAAAACCCACGUUACAUCAUGUUCAUCUGUAUGGUCGUGAACGACGCGCUGCAGCUCACCCUGGUCACCGCCCUCUACGUAGUCAGUUACAUCUUCAGGAAGAUUCACGCCUCCGUCUGCUGCUUCCUGAUCAUGACUGCAGUCCUGACCACGCGCUCCACGCCGCUCAUCCUGGCCGGCAUGGCCCUGGAGCGCUACAUCGCCAUCUACUUUCCCCUGCACUACAGCCAGAUGUGCACGGUCCCACGCACCCUCCUGCUCAUCUGCAUCAUCUUCCUCCUCACCGCGGCCCCGCCUGUUACUGACCUCCUCAUCACUGUCGUCAAGGAGCCCCCGAGAUUUUUCCACACCUCCAUUUUCUGCGACCACUCGCUCCUCUUCCGCGACCGCUCCAUCUAUUUCAAGAACUGCGUGUUUGACGGGAUGUACCUGUCCUGUGUGGCACUGACGCUGCUCUACACCUACUGCAAGAUUAUGCUGACGGCACGGGCUGCGUCAGCGGGCCUCGCCUCAGUGAAGAGAGCCAGGAACACGGUGCUACUUCAUGGCGUGCAGCUGCUGCUGUGCAUGCUCGCCUUUGUGGUUCCCUCCCUGCAGGCGGCGCUCAUCUCCCUCUUCCCGCACCUCAGUCUGGAGAUCCGCUACAUCUUCUUCCUGCUCGUCUACAUCAUCCCUCGCUUCCUCAGCCCCAUCAUCUAUGGUUUUCGUGAUGAGUUGUUCAGAAAGUACUGGACCCGGGACCUGGUGUGCCGGAGCCACAGUAUCAGGCCCGUAACGUCAUAAAGACGCUCCACUUCAAACCUCUGAGCAGUCGACCAGACCAGACCAGACCAGACCAGACCAAAGCAGAAAACUGCGGCUCUGAACUGGA